UUGAUAUAUCCUCAAGCAGACGCGCUUGAAUGGCUCGAAGCCAACUCUAAUUUUCACGAAGAAGACGAGGUUCGACCUACCUUCGAAUCUGACGAAGAACCACCGCAAUCAUCCCUGGUUCCCCGACGAAUCCGGCUGAUUCGAACUCCGGUCAGAAGCGUCACCGUUCGGCAGUAUGACGAGGAGGAGAUUAUUGUGUCAAAAUACAUAUCUAAGAUUGAUGGCAACUUUAUUCCUGUGACUGCCCCCGGAGGCGACAAUAGGGUUUAUGCGAAGUUAUGUGCAGUAGAAAUGGAAGUGGCAUCUAAGCAAUUGAACUGCAAAUCACAAUCAGGCGGUCUAUUAAUCGAACCUAUCAACGUUCUUUUCGAGAAGGCUGAUCAAUUGGCCGUCAACAAGGAUGAUGCUGUUCUGCCUCAAACAGGUGUUGUUCCUGGAAAGAUUUGGGUUGAUAAGUAUGCUCCUAAUUCGUUCACGGAGCUACUGAGUGACGAGCAGACAAACCGAGAGGACUUAACGGCCAAGAAAUUGAGGCCAAGCGGUACUCCAGAACAAAAGGUUAGAAGGAGGGCUUACUUAGGCAAGGAUAUGUGACUUGGAAAGACUACACUUGCACAUGUACCGGCUAAACAUUGUGGGUACAGAGUUGUCGAGAUAAAUGCCAGUGAUGAUCGGUCAUCCUCUAGUGUUGAAGCUAAAAUCCUUGAUGUUGUUCAGAUGAACUCUGCGACAGCAGACUCAAGGCCCAAGUGUUUGGUGAUUGAUAAGAUAGAUGGUGCUCUUGGCGAUGGCAGAGGUGCUGUGGAUGUCAUUCUCAAGAUGUUACAGUAUGUUCCUUUUGGGUUUUUGAGGAGCUGCAAUUGGCAUGCAGGUUGCUUCUUACAUUCUGUUUUCAUAUUUCUCAUUUCUGUAGUUUAUCAGGCUCCUCUAACCGUAUUGUGGCUCAAGUCCAAAGACCAAAUAUUGACUGGCCAAAAUCUUAUCAAAGGUCUAUGUCCUGGUUUAUCUCUGAAUCAGAUAAGGUCUAAUGUUACACCUUUCAGCUUUUCACUAGUAAUCAAUUUUGUAAAACUUCAGGCAUCGAACAAUGUUGACAGAGAAACUAGAACUGUUGAGGGCUUGGAAGAGCAAAAUUCCAUCAUAUAUACCGCGGCAUUAUCAACAAAGUCAUUUUCUGAAGAUUCGAUUUCGUCCAUGUUGCAUAUUCUAUCACCCUCAACUAUAAGAUCGGUACCAAUGCGCUUAUUAUCCGAAAAAGAAAAGAAUGAUAUGGACCAGUUAGUUAGCAAGAUGGUGUCUUACUCUGUCACGUAUAAGAAUGCGAGGCCCAAUCUUCACUCCACUAAGCCAGUGCAAGAAGCAGCGGCAGAUUCAUCCACGCUUUCUUUUGAUCCUCCCAUUACAGAGUUCAUCAAUUUCAAGGGCUGUGCAUAUGCUCAUAAUACACUUCCCCUGGCCUUGAAGCAAGUUUUGGUUCACGAGGUUGAGAAGCGAAGGAUUUUGCUAGUCAGCAAAUCCACACAUGACACUGAAGUGUGCAAUGAAGCAAACCUCGAUUUGAGAGAAAGAGGGAACCAUAAAGAACCAUCCAGCAGUGUGAAACACAUAGGAGCUUUUGCUGCCAAUAGAGAAAAGGGGAAGAAAGGAGUAAGCAUCCCGAGUUCAUUGGCGAUAUCGUCAAGUGUGGAAGCAAGUGAGAGUUCUGUGUCUAACGCAAAGCUAAAUAGUUGUGAGGACACUAAGAAAAGUUCGAGCAGCGCUGCCAACUUCUUUGACAGGUUCAGGAAAGUAGGUAGCAGAGGUUUUCUGAAAGCCGAGACUGUGGACUGCAAGGUCACUACAUUGGAAAGAGAUUCACGGCCUGUCCUAUUUAAGUACAACGAGGGAUUCACCAAUGCUGUUAAAAGGCCAGUGAAAAUGCGGGAGUUUCUGAGUUGAUUCAAUCAUUGUGCUAGUGCUUAGAGGUAAUAGUAACUUGGGCGUCCAGUCAUGCGUUAGAAAAUACUUGAUAUCUUUGAAAUGAUCCUUUUCCUCAUCAUAUAUGGUUAAAUUAAGUGUUUGUCUUUCUGUUGAUAUUAUGAGGAAGAAGUAUUCUACUCCCUUUCAUUACCUGGUUAGGGCCUUGUAACUAGAAGAGUUCAAACUCUCUGUAGCUAUUAACAUCGAGUAAAUUCUCUAUGCAUUGAUUGUACAUCUGUUACAGUAUGUCCAUGAAACAAUAUAUUGACAGCCACCGAAAGAGGUGGAGGAAAGGUCAAAAAGAAAGAUCCCUUGUCGUGCUAACACCGCGGCCGGGGAAGAAGAAUCUAGGAGUAUCGAUCUACAAUAAUUUUUCUUUGUGUACAGUGUUUCUCCAUGGACAGCCAAUUGGUUAUAUGGUAAUACUUCCAGUGGAGGUGCUAUCACUGGGAGGGCUGAUUGAUAACCAGAGCAAAGACAGUGUGGUGGAAAGGAUACCUGACCACACGUACACAAUGGUCGGCACCCUUCCUCUCCUUCCAAGCAACCCUUUGAUGAAAGGGUACAUGUGAGCAAUGACCCAGAAGCUGAAGAAGAGUCCUCCAAAGAGCUUCCCCCACUGAGGUAUCACGCUGUACAAGGUCCUCGACACGCCGAUCACGGCUGCAAUGAUGUUCACCACGAUGAUGGUAAGGGGCACUAUGAACAGACUGGUCCAUUUCACCACGUAGAGAUCAGCAUAAAUGUCCUCCUCGUCCUCCCCCGACGAUUUCGAGGUCAGCGUGAAGGAGAUCUCUAUCCCGGCUAUGACUUUGAGAAGGCCCUGAAUCACAGCAGCGAGAUGGGCGCUGGUCCCGCCGAUGACCCAAAACUGCUCGUUCCUCCACAGCUCCUCCAGCUCGAUCCCCGACCACUUGACUUCCAGGAGGGAGAGAAGCAUUAGUGUGACCGUGAUAACAAGGAGGUAGCAGAGGAAUGCAACGUUGAGUGACUGGACGAUGAAGCUUCCGGUGAAGAGGCACCAGGCAGGGAGGAAGCAGUAGAUCACCAAGAUCACUGACGUGAAAGGGUAGAAUCCGACGUUGAGGUAGGCGAUUCUUUGCAGGAAUUUGAGCCUCCUGCUCGCCAGCAGUGGGUUGUUUUUGGAGAAGAAGAUCUCGAUCGACCCGGUCGCCCACCGGAGCACCUGGUGGAGCCUGUCCGUGAGAUUGAUCGGUGCCGUGCCACGGAAGGCAUCGCGCUUUGUGACGCAGUAGACGGACCGCCACCCUCUGUUGUGCAUUCUGUAGCCCGUCACCACGUCCUCCGUCACCGAUCCGUAGAUCCACCCUAUCUUAUCACCCCACUCCGAGUUGUCCUCGUACCUGCAAGCGAUGACGGCAACUGCCUCGGCCACCGUUGGGGCGUCGAGAGGCGGGCGAGGGGCCAGCAAUGCGCCUGGAGGCCUGCCGUUCUUGAUGGAGAUGUGAUCGGCGAGGGGGCGGCCUUGGUACUCCGCCACGGCUAUGGACUCGUUGAACAUUUGUGAGUUCCCAAAUCCUUUGGGGAGGUUGAGGUCAGGGUGGUCUGAGGUCAGUGGGUGUGAUUCUGAAUCUUCCAAGUGUGUGGGAGCACUAGGAGCUCUGCUUUUUAUUCGACCAAAUACUCCGAGGUACUCGUUGGCUCUUGGCGGCAGGAACCCGUACAGUGCGUAUCUUCGGAACAUGCACCCGGUUCCCACGUAUACUGGACCUUGUUGACCAUCAAGCGCGCGCAUGCUUCCAUCAAAGAAGACUGUGUUGUGAUUGGCAUAUCGAUCAGAAGGAUCGAUGCCUUCAAAUCUCUGAGGAAAUUGUACGUAACAUAUUCUGUCACCGCCACGAUCCAUCAUAAAGCACAUCCCUUCUCUGAUCGCGAGGGAGUUAUAGAAAUAAUGAUCACAAUCCAAAUUCAGAAUGAAGGGUCCAUUCGAUAGUAUAGCCGAGGCCCGAACCAUGGCAUUCAUGGCUCCAGCCUUCUUGUUAUGGUCAUAGCCAGGCCUCUUCUCACGCGAGACAUAGACAAACAUCGGGAUCCUGAUAUCAACUCCGGUGAAAUCUAUCCUAUUCUCAUCCGGUCCUCCCAUCACCGGUUCCGGCUCGGGGACCCUGCUCAUCACUUGAACAAUCCCAGCAUGAUCACCUUUGGCAUGAUCUGGAGCUGACUGCCACCAUGUCCCCGGCCAAUGAGUCCCGUCAGCCAUCCACGUUGCUUUUUGGACCGUCACCCCUUCCUGUGGGAGCGUGCCGCCGUUCUUCUCCCUAGCUAUGGCCUUCUCCUUUCUCUCUUCCCUCCUAUUUAGUGCAUCACAUCGCUUACGAAUCACCUCAGGGAGGCCGUUGAUUCGUACUUUGAACUCAUCGUAUUCCCUCUUAAUCCACCGUCGAUCUCUUACGAAAUCGUGCAACUUCUUGUUCUUCGUUGGGUCUGUUUUCUGGCCGAAGUAGCUGUCUGGAUUUCUUGGUUCUAUGUUGUGCUUACGACAAAAGGGAACCCAUAUCUCAGCAAAGCGAACAGCUUCAGCCAUAGCUUCGAAGUUAAAAAUGGCACCACCGUCGUCGGAGAUGUAGGCGGCGAGCUUCUCGAUCGGGUACUCGGCCGCAAGAAUGGAGAGCAUGGUAUUGGCAGUGACCAAGGGCGGUUCCUUAUCUGGAUCAGCGGUGGAAACGAAGACAUCGACUCCGGGUAGGUCGGACCGGCCGGAAGGGUUAGACGGGGAUGGCUGUUCAAACUUGUCCUUCAAAGCGGCAAGGUCGGUGGCUCGAUUGAUGGGGUUGAAUUUAGGGAGAAUAUCGAGAAGCCAAGAGAAGGCGAACCAGAGCUCGCACACAACAGAAACGCCCCACAACCACAUGGCUUCCCUGUUGGGAUUCUGGAGACGCCAUCCCAAGAAGAAGAACAGGACCACCAAUCGGAUCACGAUCAGUAACCGGUAUGGGCUGAGAGUUCCCGGGGGGACUUUGACCUUCCUGCUCAAAGGCUUCCAGGGCUUAUCCAUGAAAUCCGACAUACUGAGCCCGAGAUCGGGUCCAUAAUGGUCGUCAGUCCAAUACGCAUUCCCUACGCCGUACGUCCCUUUGGUCUCGAAAAGCCACCUGUUGUGGUCAAAAUCGCCGGUCUGGGUUCUUAGCAGCAUGGAUUUAUUGUUGUUGGUGGACGUCAUGAUCGACAUCCGCCGAUCCAUCUUGGCUCCUCCGGGUGCGGGCCGGGUCCCAAAGCGAGAGCCCGCAUGUGGGCUUGGGCCGUCAGGUUUGUCGUCGAGUUUGGAUCCCGGUUGGUUGUCGGGUGUGGGGGGCAUCAUGACGGUGUAGUUGGUGUGGCCGCCGGAAUGGGAUGAUUCUCCGGACAUGUCUAGGUCGUCGUCACGGGAGAGGCUGGCCGAUGUGCGGCGAGCAUUCCUUUGGUUUGACGGCGGACGAGCAGCGGCGGGAGACGGCGACUCUGAUGAUGAUUUGUCUUUCGGCCUCGAGGAUGCCAUUUACGUUAAGAGGGAAGAUUGUUGAUUUGAGUUGUCAUUGCGUUUGUGUUUUAAUUUCCCCCCUACUUCCUUCUGUACAUUUUCCCCCCUUGAAUCCGUGUCUUCAAAUUUUCUUUUUCGUGUUUAUAUUUUGAUUCCCCUAUUUCUUCUUUUGUGUUGAUUAAGGUUGUGUUUUGGGGAAUGGAAAAUUGGGGGGAAAGUUCAGGGGGAAGAAAGGGAAGGAGGAGGAGGAGGAGGAGGAAGAAGAAGAGUGGAAGGGUUUUAUUUGAGCGGUGAUGAAUCGGUUUGCCGGGAAUAGAGAUUUGAGGG